AUGGCCCUCAAGAACCUAGCCACAAAUGAUGAAUCACUGAAACUGGACAUGCGAGCAGUCACACAAUUCAAGCAAGGUAGUAUGAUAAUUGAAAUGACAACUAAAGAAGCAGCAACUUUCAUCCGCAGCAACCCUGGAACCAAAGACGAACUAGUGCGCAACCUUGACCCAGAUGCGACAUUCAAAGAACGCUCCUACCCACUGAUUGUCCCAUUCACACCAGUCAGCUACAACCCAACUGAUGUUGAAAGCACACAGCAGCUGGAGAGUGAAAAUGGAUGGAACAACGGAACGAUCCUAUCAACAUGCUGGGUUAAACCAGCAGAGAAAUGGUCAAGUUCUCAAAAAGUCACACACCUAAUGAUCACUUUCACAGAACCUCAAACUGCAAACCUAGCAAUACGCGACAGCAUCACAAUAGAUCACCUUCUCCUUUGGCCAAAGAAGAACAGACGCGAGCCACUUCGCUGCGCAAAAUGCCAACACUUUGGUCAUAUAGCUAGGGAAUGCAUAGCCCACGGAGACACCUGCGCAAAUUGUGGAAACAACCAUUGA